AUGAUGACAACAACAGGAAAAGAAUCAAUAACAUUGAUGUUAACAACAACAACUAUAGAACCAUCAACAGCAACAACUAAAGAAUCAUCAACCAGAACAACUACCGAACUAUCAACAAGAGCAACAACUAAAGAAUCAUCAAUCAGAACAACUACAAAAGCAUCAAUAGCAACAACUACAAAACCAUCAAUAGCAACAACUAUAGAACCAUCAACAACAACUGCAGAACCAUUAACAACAACAAGUAAAGAAUCAUUACCAGCAACAACUAAAGAACCAUUAGCAACAACAACAACAAUUACAGAACCAUCAUCAACAGGGCUACCAGAUCUCAUCUCACUUGAUAGUAUCGAUGGAGUUAUCUAUGGCGUACAUGAUACGAGGAUAAACCAGGAUAGUCAAGCAUCAGAACCUGGCAAUUCUGUCGGUCAUUAUCACCCAAGCACGCCACCAGCCAAUGCAUGCGAUGGUAAUACUUCCACAAAGUAUACACACUUUGGAGCGUGUUCAGAGGGUGGAAAUGAUAUGACAUGUGGUUUGGAUACUGGUUUUUAUCUGGAGUUGAAGCGAAGUGCAGCAGUAGUUACAGGAUUACAAGUCUGCACAGCCAACGAUUAUCCAGAGCGUGAUCCACUUACAAUGUCAUUAGAAGGAAGUAAUCAAUCUGGAUCGAAUCUCACUCUCGGCUCGAGCUGGACUCUGAUUUACAACGGGGAUAGUGGUAUCGAAACAGAUACUGAUAGACUCACCUGUGGUAUUGUACAACAGAUCAACAAUUCGAUUCAGCUUGAUUUCAUUUUAUAA